CAAACUGAACUCAGUUUUCCACUUUUCCUAAUUUAGCUCCUCUUUCGAAAUUCUUUUUCCAUCGAUUUCCCUCGAAUCCUCUCGCUCAACGUGAUGUCCUCGGAUGAAUUCGCAUCGGAUUACGUUAAGUUGCAGCCGGAGCCACCGCCGGCGAGAUCGCCGGAGAAAUCUUGGAUUUUCGACGAAUUGCCGGCGGCGACGAUUGUUUCGGUGUCUCGCCCCGAUGCCAGCGAUAUCACGCCGGUGCUGCUCUCUUACACGAUCGAGUUCCAGUAUAAGCAGUUCAAGUGGCGCUUACUGAAGAAAGCCUCCCAGGUUAUCUAUCUACAUUUCGCAUUGAAGAAGCGCGCCUUUGUCGAGGAACUACAUGAGAAGCAAGAGCACGUUAAAGAAUGGCUUCAGAAUCUUGGGAUAGGGGAGCAUACAGAAGUUGUACAACACGACGAAGUAGAUGAAGAAUCAGUGCCUAUACAGCACGAAGAAAACAUUUAUUCCCGAACUAGAAAUGUUCCUUCUAGUGCUGCCCUGUCAAUAAUUCGACCAGCGCUAGGAAGACAAUCUUCUAUUUCUGACAGGGCAAAGAUGGCGAUGCAGGGUUAUUUGAAUCACUUUUUGGGAAACUUGGAUAUUGCAAACUCUCAGGAGGUUUGUAAAUUUCUGGAGGUCUCUAGGUUAUCUUUUUUGCCAGAGUAUGGACCUAAACUAAAAGAAGAUUAUGUAACAGUAAGACAUUUGCCAAAGAUUCAGAGGGCUGAUGAUGAUACAAAGUGUUGUGCAUGCUAUUGGUUUAGCUGUUGUAACAGCAACUGGCAAAGGGUGUGGGCUGUACUAAAACCAGGCUUCUUGGCUCUGUUAGAAGAUCCUUUUAAUCCCAAGCUUUUGGAUAUAAUUGUUUUUGAUGUAUUACCACCAUCAGAUAGAAACGGAGAUGGUCGGGUUCUUCUAGCAAAAGAGACCAAGGAACGCAACCCCUUGUGGUUCGGAUUUACAGUAUCAUGCGGGAACAGGACCAUUAAAUUGAGAGUGAGAAGCAGUGCUAAAGUUAAAGAUUGGGUUGUGGCAAUAAAUGAUGCGGGCCUACGAGCACCGGGGGGUUGGUGUUUGCCUCACUGUUUUGGUUCUUUUGCUCCUCCUAGGGGGUUAACAGAAGAUGGCAGUCAGGUCCAGUGGUUUGUUGAUGGACAAGCUGCAUUUGGUGCAAUUGCUUCUUCUAUUGAAGUAGCAAAAUCAGAGAUAUUCAUUACUGGCUGGUGGCUCUGUCCUGAGUUAUACCUUCGACGUCCUUUUCACGUUCAUGCGUCUUCUCGGCUUGAUUCCUUGCUAGAGGCAAAGGCUAAACAGGGUGUUCAGAUUUACAUCCUUCUUUACAAAGAAGUUGCCAUUGCUUUGAAAAUCAACAGUAUAUACAGUAAGCGAAGGCUGCUUAACAUUCAUGAGAAUGUUAAAGUUCUGCGCUAUCCUGAUCAUUUCUCAACUGGUGUUUACUUGUGGUCGCAUCAUGAGAAAAUUGUGAUUGUUGACAAUCAAAUAUGCUAUCUGGGAGGACUUGAUUUGUGCUUUGGUCGUUAUGAUAACCCAGAACACAGAGUUGGUGAUUUCCCACCUACUAUUUGGCCUGGAAAGGACUAUUAUAAUCCCAGGGAGUCUGAGCCAAAUUCUUGGGAAGACACAAUGAAAGAUGAGCUGGAUCGACUGCCUUGGCAUGAUGUCCAAUGUGCUCUGUGGGGGCCACCUUGUCGUGAUAUUGCAAGGCACUUCGUGCAACGUUGGAAUUAUGCAAAGAGAAACAAAGCUCAACAUGAGCAUGCCAUACCCUUACUUAUGCCUCAACACCACAUGGUUAUUCCACAUUACAUGGGGAAAAGCAAAGACAAUGAUGUAGAGCAUAAACAACUAGAACCUAGUCAUAAAGACGUCAAAAGUCGGGAGUCAUUUUGCUCACUAUCAUCAUAUCAAGACAUCCCGUUGCUUUUACCUCAAGAACCUGAUGGGCUGCUAGUAGCAAAUUCAAAAGUGAACGGAAACUUGAAUCACAGUCAUCUGGAUCAUAGAAGCAGAAGCAAUCAUAUAUCAUCAAUCUCCUUAAGGAAGACAAAAGAAGAGCAAUCUGUUCCAGAUAAGCAGCUGAAAGCCUUUGUGGAUGACCUUGGUCUUUCACAAACUCAGAGUGAAACACGGUGUGAUAUGAUUUCUCAAUCAACUGCAGACAAAGAAUGGUGGGAAUCCCAGGAGAGGGGUGACCAAGCUUUUUCCAUUGACGAAGCUGGUCAAGUUGGACCUCGCACACCAUGUUGUACUCAGGUUCUUAGAAGUGUGGGACAAUGGUCUGCUGGAACGAGCCAAACUGAAGAGAGCAUUCACAAUGCCUAUUGUUCUCUUAUUGAAAGAGCAGAACACUUUAUCUACAUCGAGAAUCAAUUUUUUAUAUCAGGUCUUUCAGGAGAUGAUAUUAUAAAGAACCGCAUUUUAGAAGCCCUAUAUAGGCGUAUCAUGCGCGCAGAGAAAGAAAAUAAGUGCUUUAGGGUUAUUAUAGUUAUUCCACUGGUACCUGGUUUCCAGGGUGGCAUUGAUGAUGGUGGCGCUGCAACUGUGAGGGCAAUAAUGCAUUGGCAAUACAGGACUAUCUGCAGAGGGCCAAAUUCGAUAUUGCAGAAUCUUUAUGAUAUAAUGGGCCAAAAAGCACAUGAUUAUAUAUCUUUCUAUGGUCUCAGAUCAUACGGAAGACUUUGUGAUGGAGGUCCUUUAGCUACUAAUCUGGUGUAUGUGCACAGCAAAUUGAUGAUAGUUGAUGACCGUAUGGUGUUAAUUGGGUCGGCUAAUAUAAAUGACAGGAGUUUGCUUGGGUCACGGGACUCUGAGAUUGGUGUCAUUAUUGAAGAUAAAGAUUCUGUUGGUUCAUUUAUGAAUGGAAGACCGUGGAGAGCUGGGAAAUUUGCUCUUAGCUUACGACUCUCUUUAUGGUCUGAACAUCUUGGCCUUCGUCCUCAAGAGAUUAAUCGAAUCAGUGAUCCUGUGAUUGAUGCAACUUACGAAGACAUAUGGAUGACUACAGCAAAGAUCAAAUACCUUAUGGCUUGUAUCUUGUUCCAUCAACUGCCACAUCGUGGGAAGUCUAUUGAUUCACAUAUAUGAUGGAUGGAAAAUAGUAAAUUUUUUCCCCUUUCUUUUCUUUUCCUUAUUAUCGCACGGAAAUGAGGACAAGCCUUGUUAAGAAUCCUCAUAAAAUUAUGUUUAUUCAUACGUCACUAACUGAAGAUCAGCUUCGCUGAGGCAAUAGAAGUAUAUUACACAACAAACUUGGCACCACAAUUAUGAUGGAAGCGUGCGUGUAGUAAGAAUAUGAGUUUUGCUGUGCUACUAUUGAUAGUAUUACACUGAACUUUCUGUAAACAAAUAUCCAAUGAUUUCAACAUGUUCUUGAUCAUGUAUCAAAGAAUAAAAACUUAUUCGACUCUAUGAAAAUUCUGAAACUUUGAGUUCAAGGUUUAAUUGUGAGAUGCAAGGUUAAAAAAAAACGUUGAGAUCAUCCUAGAUAUUAUUUAAAUAGCUUAUCUGUAGUAGGGAUGAAUUUUCGCCCUCGCUAUUUGUUUCUUAUUUAUUCGAUCUCUUUUAAGUGCUUAAUGUUUGUGUUGAUGUUCAUUGUAACCUUCUUAU